AUGAGGGUAACUUUUGGCUGUCUGGUGAUCGCAGCCGGUAUCUGCGGUGCCCUGAGCUUCGCUUUUUUGGCUGCUUCACUCGGAACCGAGUAUUGGUACAUCAUCGAGAUGAAUCCAGUGAACUCGAGCGACUCGGAGGACAUAAGCUCCCACUCUGGAUUAUGGAGCGUCAACGAAGGUGGGAAGAUGUAUGCAGACUCUAUCGACUCUUUCACAGCUGACUACUCCAAAUACUCUGAGACUGAGCUGCGCAUGCUGAAUAUGCACAGUGCCAUAGUGGUGGUUCUUCCCCUCAGCCUGGUCCUCUUGCUGUUUGGGGGCAUCUGCGGAUUGGUGAGCUCCUUGGCACGGAGCCCUGUCCUCCUCACUGGCACAGCAUCCUAUUUCUUCGUCUGCAGCCUGCUGACCCUGUGUGGCGUGAGUCUCUACAUCAUCUACUCAUAUCUGGCCGUGGCUGAAACCGAGAGGCUGGUUGGACCAGAGGGUCUGGCCUACAUCCACACCUCCUUCGGCUGGUCUCUGGGUCUGGCCUGGCUCUCCUACAGCCUGGAGCUCCUCAGCGGUAUACUGCUGCUCAUAGCAGCACGUAUGGCCAAGCUGCAGCACAGCAGUCCCACCAUGGCCUGA